GUAUAUAUGUAUGUACAUCAUGAUUUUUUUUUAUGUGUGUUUGUAUAUGUGCGCGCUCAUAACUACCCACUAAACCAAAGUAAAAGCGCAAUGUAGCGCGUUGCGCCGCUGUAUGCCGAUUCUUUGCGGCAGUUUUCAAGUCGUCACUUAAAACGCGGUGGCUCAAUGCGAAUUGGAUUUAGUCGUUAACGAGCGGCCAACAAGAUCAGAUCAAAUUCGGAGAUUCAGUUUUGGUUAACGCAUAUACACAAACGAACGGUGUUUAUAUGCAAGUGCAGGCGCUCUACACACACAUACAUACAUAUAUGUAUAUCUGAAUGGUUAAAAAAAAAAAUAAUUUGAGUAGUUGAGAUCAGUGUAUGAUAAUAACUAGAACAACCAAGUUAAGUAAAGCAAACAAACUAAAAAAGCAACAACAACAAAAGUCUAUUAAUUUAUAGCAAAUAAAUUGUUGUUGAAAAGUGGUAAAAAAACAAAAAAGUGUUGAAAAGGUGAAAAUUAACAAAAACAACACAAAAAUUUUUCCGAAGAAAACAACAACAACAACGCUAUUUGUUAAGAAUUCGCAAGCUACUAAACUAAGCUGAACUGGCGUAGGAAGUGUGAGUCUAGAUUGAUCUAGUAAACUGUGCUCGAGCAUUGAACCAGCCGGCGUUUAUAGGAUGAGCAAAAAUGGGCACAGCAAUCCGACAUUCAUUGGCGACAGUGUUGUCAGCGACAAAACGACCAAGAGAUACUCACUAGAGUUAGCUGAGAAAGGUGGCAAGACGGUGGGUGUGGCAUCGAAGGAAGCUGCGUACGAUUACGAUUACAAUCCUUAUGAAAAUCGCGAGGUGGAACAUCCUACGACCAAUUCCGAGACACUCUUCCACUUGUUGAAGGGUUCUUUGGGCACAGGCAUACUUGCUAUGCCGAAUGCCUUUCGUAAUGCCGGCUAUAUAACUGGCAGCAUAGGUACCGUCAUCAUUGGAUUCAUCUGCACUUAUUGCAUACAUCAGCUCGUGAAAGCUGAAUAUGAGCUAUGUCGGCGAAAAAAGGUACCUAGUAUGAAUUAUCCCAAUGUGGCGGAGAAUGCUUUGCUGGAGGGACCGCCAUUCUUUCGUAAAUUUGCGCCCUACAUUGGUCAUGUGGUAAACACCUUCCUUCUCAUCUAUCAAUUGGGAUGUUGCUGUGUCUAUGUCGUUUUCGUAGCCUCAAAUAUUAAAUCCAUAGCCGAUUUUUAUUUAGAUGAACCCGUCGAUGUGCGUCUGUGUAUGGUGAUCAUACUGUUACCACUGAUCUUCAUCAAUUGGGUUCGCAAUCUGAAAUACCUAGCGCCAUUCUCUACAAUUGCCAAUGGCAUCACCAUGGUUUCGUUCGGCAUUAUCUGCUACUAUAUCUUCCGGGAACCUUUCACCACCGAGGACAAGGUAGCCGUGGCGCCUUUUGCCGGCUUUCCACUUUUCUUUGGCACAGUGCUCUUUGCUCUAGAAGCUAUCGGCAUCAUACUGCCGUUGGAGAAUGAAAUGAAGUCGCCGAAGAAGUUCGGCGGCAGCUGUGGUGUGCUCAACGUCGCGAUGGUUCUCAUUGUAUUCCUGUACUCAGGCAUGGGUCUGUUUGGGUAUCUGAAUUAUGGUGGUGAAGUUGAGGGUUCCAUCACAUUGAAUUUGCCUUCGAAAGACAUUUUGGCUCAGUGUGUGAAAGGCAUGCUGGCCUUUGCGAUAUAUAUUACACAUGGCCUGGCGUGCUAUGUAGCCAUUGAUAUUACAUGGAGUGAUUAUGUAGCGGAGAAAUUGAGUCCGCAGCGAAGCAAGCUUUUCUGGGAAUACGUGGUGCGCACUUCUAUAGUGCUGGUGACAUUCUUCCUAGCCGUGGCCAUACCUAAUUUGGAACUUUUCAUUUCGCUCUUCGGUGCGCUCUGCCUUUCGGCGCUCGGCUUGGCUUUCCCGGCAUUAAUUCAGAUCUGUACACAUUGGUAUCACAGAAAAGGUGUUGCUAAAGUUUGGCUACUAGCUAGCAAUUUUGUGCUUAUCAUAGUCGGCAUACUGGGUUUGAUAAUCGGCACAUCUACAUCGCUAUCGGAAAUCAUCGCCACAUUCUCCAAGUGAGCAGUGCCACUGCUACACUAAUAUUAUUACAUAAACAUUCUAAAUGAAUUCGUGAUAUUUUAAGUUACUGCUCUAACAAUAAUUAAUAAAAAAAUAAUUUAUUGCAAAGACAAGUAUUAUUUAACAAAAUUGCGUAUAAAUACUAUAUGUAUGCUUGUAUUUAGCUAAUAUACGAAAUUAAGUUCUUGAAAUUAAAAUGGCGUAUUUGCGAACGAAUCGCGAGAAUAUGAA